GGGCUGGGCGCCCUCCCACGCCGGCCCGCCCCGUGAGCUCCCCGCCCACACCCGCACUUAACUUCCGCGGUCGCCGGCGGCGUCCCAGAGCCGAGACACAGCCUCUGAGUUACCGGGUGCCUUCUAUUGGGUCAGCGGCGUGAGAGUACUGCCUACGGCGUGUCGUCCGCGCCGCCCGGCCAGCCGGUCAAGUUCCCGCCCUUGUCCCCCGGCUGGUCCGGGGUUCCGGCACCGCCGCGUUGGCGGCCCCGCCGGACGCGCGGACGGGGCUGCAGCCGCAGCCCGCACCCCAAGCGAACGGCGUCAUGAGGAACCUGCCGUACUUCUGCCGUGGCCAAGUGGUGCGGGGCUUUGGCCGCGGCUCCAAGCAGUUGGGUAUCCCUACAGCUAACUUUCCUGAACAAGUAGUAGAUAAUCUUCCAGCUGAUGUAUCCACUGGCAUUUAUUAUGGUUGGGCCAGUGUUGGAAGUGGAGAUGUCCAUAAGAUGGUGGUGAGCAUAGGAUGGAACCCAUACUACAAGAAUACAAAAAAGUCCAUGGAAACUCAUAUCAUGCAUACCUUCAAAGAGGACUUCUAUGGGGAAAUCCUCAAUGUGGCCAUCGUUGGCUACCUCAGACCAGAAAAGAACUUUGAUUCUUUAGAGUCCCUUAUUUCAGCAAUUCAAGGUGAUAUUGAGGAAGCUAAGAAACAACUAGAUUUACCAGAACAUUUGAAACUCAAAGAAGACAAUUUCUUCCAGGUUUCUAAAAGCAAAAUAAUGAAUGGCCACUGAUGGAAAAUUAUCUUAUUUAUUCAUUCACUGUUUUCUAAUAUUUUACUGCUCAUAAGUCUGCAGUCUCAUCUUGGUGAUAUUUUAAAAAUCAAACAUUUUCCUACAGCUGUGAAUUAAACAGUACAGUGUAGUUACCAUAUUAUGUUUCAACUGUUCAAUUAAACCCAUCAUGUUACACUACUAAAAAUGUUCAUUUUAAAAAUCAAGAUUCUUUUUUAUGAAAUGUGUUGAUUAAAAUGUACCACUAGAAGGGUCUUAAGUGUCUUAUAAUGGAAAUGAAACGUGUAUAAAUGUGUGUAAAAAGGCAAGUCACUCGUUUUGAGAUGAGAACUGCAAUUCUCAUGGUAAAAUUUUAGCAUGUGUGUGCUGUGGUACACCAUGCUCAGCUCACCAGAAGGCUUAGUUAUAAAAGUAAUUGGUAAACAGAGGUUUGGCAGUUUGUUACAAACCUGACGGGGAAAACAACCCAGACUUCGUAUUUUUGAUAUUUUGUGCAUUUACAUUAUAGACAUGAAGACUUGUGAAAUUCCCUUUUAAUUAGUCAUUUCCUAAUUUAAGGGCUUGAAUCAUCGUACUGUGUUCCAUUUUUGUUACAGCUGCCUUAGUUCUAAUUGGUCUAGACUCUGCCUGUUAUUUCUUUUUCUUUCAAAACAGUAAAAUCAGUGUUUCUUAGAUCUCUAGAUCUCAUUUUUAUGUUGUAUAACACUUCUCUCUUUUUAAGCAUAGAUUAUUCUGCAACAUUUUCUUGACCUUUUUUUUUUCCUGUAAACAGUUUUCAGUGUCAAUUUUUCCAUUUAGACUGUCCUGCAACUCUGCAUUUACAUAGGACUGCAUCUGUAUCUGUCAUUCCAUCCUUUCACUGUAUGAACAGUGAUUAAGUGCAUAUCUGUAUUGCAUUUUAGGAAAACACCCUAAAACUUCAUCUUUAGGUUUCCUUAAAGUUUAAAAAAAAAAAAAAAGCAGUUCAUCUAUAUAUACAA